AUGUCUGGUCCCCGAGUCUCCAAAAGUUGUGGCAACUGCCGAGCCGUCAAACGACAAUGUCCCGGUUAUCGAGAUCAAUGGGACCUUGUCUUCCGCGAUCAGACCAACCAAACCAUCCAGCGAUCGCAGUGUCAGGCAGCCUCGACCGCGAUGACACACAGCCCCCUGUCGCCCCCACCCCCCCUGCCCUCACUGUGUCUGAGCAUGGACCAGGUGGGCGUCAACGCCUUCCUGCACCAUUUUGUCACCGGCGACCACAGCCCCUCGCGUGGAUACCUCAACUACAUCCCAGCUACUCUGGGCGCCAAUGACGACCAGCCGACCCUGGUCGCCAGCCUGGCCGCCGUCGGCCUGGUGACGCUGGCGAACUCCCAUCAUCAGCCGGAACUGGUACGCCAAGCGCGCAUCAAAUACGCGGAGGCCAUCCGCAGCGUCAACGCUGCCCUGGCCUCGCCCGUGGAAUCGGUCAAGGACAGCACACUGAUGGCCGUCAUCUCCCUGGGCGUUUUCGAGCACUUCUCGGGCUUUGACGCGUGGGUGCGUCACGUGCAGGGGGCGGCCGCGCUGACCGUCCUCCGCGGCAAGGGCCAAUUCGCCGGCGGCAACCCGACCGCCCUGCUCCUCUUCACGCAGGUCCGCACCGACAUUAUAGCCGCCUGCACCCGCACCAACCGACCGUUCCCGGCGGAUAUGCGUGCUCUCCAGGACGAGGCCGCCAAGCACGUGGGCGCUCCCAACGCUGUCUGGGAGAUAGGGGUGCUGGCCACCCGGUGUGUGGACCUGUUAUGGCAGGUGAUGGAGACCACAGGCACAACUCAGUUCCCUGAUCUUUUAAGCGCCGCGCUGGCAGUGGAGCGGGACUUUGAAAUCGCCAUGGCGACCCUCGCCGUCCAAGAGCCUUUCUAUACCACCACCGCGGAGGAAGCGGGAUGGGUAGGCAGUGAUCCCGACACUAUUUACAACGGUCGCGUCGACAUCUACCUCACCCCGUGGGCGAUUCGAGCCUGGAACAACGCGCGCAGCAUCCAAAUGAUCGUCUGCGAGAUUAUAUGCUACCUUCUGAAGAAGAUACUCACGCUGAGCCCCGCCGCUCCAGCUGCACAAGUCCGCUUGCGCCGUCGGCAACUGCACGAGACCCUCGGAAUCCUCUCCCGCGUUGGCGAGGAUAUCCUGGCCACCGUACCGCAGGCGCUGGGGAUCGUGGCCCCGCCUGCGGAUCCAUCUCAGCCCUAUGCAGGGGAUCUGAGCCCGAGAGCCAGCGUGUCGGGUGCAUACAUUCUGAUUUGGUGUCUCUACAUGGUUGGGAAAUCACCUGCCACCGCAGAGCCGGCCCGCAAGUGGAUCAUUCGACGCUUUCGGAAGAUUUUCCAGGGCGCGGGGAUGGAGAUGGCGCUGCCACUCCUUGAGGAAAUUGUUAGGGUAGAUCAGUCGAAGACAUGAGGGAGUUGUUGGCGGGUGUCAGCUCUUCCAACAAGUCGUAUAUCAGAUGCUGAAUGAGAGACAUGCGGGAUGAGGAAUGAGAAUUAUCCUGCUAAACAAACGGAGCAUAGCCCCAUUCCAUCCCUGAAAGAUCCCAACUCAGCAUCGAGCUAAAAUCUAAAUGCGGGCCAUAGUCCGCUAAGUCCGGAAGGGAAACACUGGUAAUGCCGAGAGCUGCGUUUCCCGGCUCCACAUCGCCGACCGUGCUGAUGGGAUCAAGGAUGCGGUCCAACAGCUGCUCGAGUCGAGCCUGGGCUUUCUUGCAGCAGUUAGAGUUCCUGGUGCCUCGUGGAGCCACCCAUGACAAACAAGAGACGUAGAUGGUGAGAUUGCGGAUUGUUUUUGCAUAUGAGAGGCCCGGAUAGGUCUCCCUAUCUCUCAGGGCACAAGGG